GAAUGACCAAAGGUGGUUCAGGUGUCAAGAAACUGACCAAGAUUAAAAUCAAAGGAGGAGGACCUAGCGGGGCCCAUCACUCACAAAUGCAGCAUCUUCCUCAUUCUGGUGGAUUAUCACAGAUACUGUUCCCUGGUGCGUUCACUGUAUUUUUACAGGUCGUUUGUUUGUUGUCUCUCCUUCGUUUGUUUGUUGGGCUGUAACUUGUGAAUUAAGUUACUUAGUUAAUUCACUAAAUAUUCUUAUGCGCACACAAUUCAAUUUUAUUUGCACAGCACCCGGUAAGGCACUUUACACAACUAAACCCAACAAAUCCCACAUACAGCAAGUCUUUAAUUAUAAUUUAACAGCAACAGUGGAAAGGAAAAACUCCCUCUCUAAUGAGGAAAAAACCUCCAGCAGAACCAGGCUGGAUGUGCCUCGACCGGUUGGGGUGAGAGGAUAGAGAGAGAGAAAAGCACAGCAACAACAAACAAGCAACAACAGAGCACAGGCAGGAUGGUUGGACCAGAGACUGGACACAGGCAGGAUGGUUGGAUCAGAGACUGGACACGGGCAGGAUGGUUGGACCAGAGACUGGACACAGGCAGGAUGGUUGGAUCAGGGACCAGACUGGACACAGGCAGGAUGGUUGGAUCAGAGACUGGACACAGGCAGGAUGGUUGGACCAGAGACUGGACACAGGCAGGAUGGUUGGACCAGAGACUGGACACAGGCAGGAUGGUUGGAUCAGGGACCAGACUGGACACAGGCAGGAUGGUUGGAUCAGGGACCAGACUGGACACAGGCAGGAUGGUUGGAUCAGAGACUGGACACAGGCAGGAUGGUUGGACCAGAGACUGGACACAGGCAGGAUGGUUGGAUCAGGGACCAGACUGGACACAGGCAGGAUGGUUGGAUCAGAGACUGGACACAGGCAGGAUGGUUGGACCAGAGACUGGACACAGGCAGGAUGGUUGGAUCAGGGACCAGACUGGACACAGGCAGGAUGGUUGGAUCAGAGACUGGACACAGGCAGGAUGGUUGGACCAGAGACUGGACACAGGCAGGAUGGUUGGACCAGAGACUGGACACAGGCAGGAUGGUUGGAUCAGGGACCAGACUGGACACAGGCAGGAUGGUUGGAUCAGAGACUGGACACAGGCAGGAUGGUUGGACCAGAGACUGGACACAGGCAGGAUGGUUGGAUCAGGGACCAGACUGGACACAGGCAGGAUGGUUGGAUCAGAGACUGGACACGGGCAGGAUGGUUGGACCAGAGACUGGACACAGGCAGGAUGGUUGGAUCAGGGACCAGACUGGACACAGGCAGGAUGGUUGGAUCAGAGACUGGACACGGGCAGGAUGGUUGGAUCAGAGACUGGACUGGACACAGGGAGGACACGACACAAAGCUGAGUCCAAUGAUACCUGUAGGUGAGGACAGAGUGAGGGAGAGAGAGACACAAACGCAAGCAUACACAUACAUUCUUUAGGUGCCAACUUGUAUUUUUCAACUGUUUUAAAUCCAUCAUUUCUUAAAAGCAGAAACUGGUUUAAUGACUUUUGUGGUUAUGAGGCUAAAAUAUAGAAGCGUUUGAUUUUAUUUUUGUUGCUGUGGAUGCUGGUGGAUCUUCUGUGCUUCUCAGCCUAAGGCUCGGUGGCGCUGACAGUAGCUGGACUGUUAAAAUAUUUUUGUAUUAUUGUAACUUAAACACUGUCAAAUAUUUCACUCGAACCUUUUCACCUACAUUUCCCAGAAGCUGCAGACACCAAAUCAUUAAACCUUACCUGAACAGAU